ACUGGAAGAGAAUGUGGAUUCGGGAAGAUAAUCUUGAUAUAUUUUUGGUCCCUGCUGGGUUGAUCAUAAUGUUCAGCUACCAUCUCUUCCUCCUCUAUAGAAUACUCACAGCUCCACAAACCACUGUCAUUGGCUAUGAGAACCACAACAAGAUGGCUUGGGUUGAGAGAAUGAUGAUGGCAGAUCUCAAGGAUAUGGGACUGGCUCUACAAGUGAUCUCCAGCAACGAAUCAGCUGCAACCUUCUUAGCAUCCAUAUCCAUUACACUCGGCUCUCUUAUUGGAACAUGGUUUGGAAGCUCUUCCAACAACCUCCUCAUCAACAAACUAAUCUAUGGAGACACAAGCCCCUCCACCACCUCCCUUAAGUACAUCACACUUCUCUCCUUUUUCCUUAUUGCCUUUGCAUCAUUCGUGCAGUCAGCAAGGUACUUUGUUCAUGCUAACUUCCUGAUUAGCACACCACAUACCGAUAUGCCCGUGAAAUAUGUGCAGUUGGCAGUGAUAAGGGGAAGCAAUUUCUGUUCCCUUGGGCUUCGUGCAUUGUACUUUGCCACAACAUUGUUGCUAUGGAUUUUUGGUCCAAUACCAAUGGUUGUUGCAUCAGUAGCUAUGGUGAUUAUUCUGAACUUUCUUGACACUAAUUUGAUACCACUGCAUCCAUAUCGGCCUCCAAUGGACCAGAACCUUGUAAAAAGGAUAACUGAGGGGAUUGUUGCAGAUAGAGCACCAGAGCAUCCUACUGGGUAGGAUGUUGUGUUGCAGCAACUGUUACUUCCAAGCAUGGGAUACUUCUCUUGCAGAAACUGUUAAUUACUUCCAAACAUGGGAUACUUCACUACUACACUUGAAAUAAUGGUGAGAUUCUCAUGAAAAAAAAAUGGUGUUAGGGUUGGAUGUGUCCUGUAUUAUAUGGAUCCCUGUAAUAUUUAUUUAGCUUGUAAUCGUAAUUGGAUAGGGUUUUAGGCCCAUUUCAUGAACUGAGUAGAAUUGUAAUUAUGCGGAGAUUACAGUUUUUGGAUUUCCUCUACGUGGUGAAAAUCUUAACAUAAGCAAAUGGGAGAUAAUUGUUAUGAGGUGGAAUGUGGUGUAAAGAGUUUUUUAGGUUGAAUGGAAAAAUCUAUGUUUGGUUAGGUCGAUGUAGGUAUCUGUAUCAAAUCACGUAAAAUUCGUCUAUUAUGUUGUUGUUUGUUUGGUUUAUUCCU